AUGCCCUGCAGUCCAUGUCCAACCGUGAAGAUGGCAGGUGGGAAGCUGAUUCACUCGAGUUCGGGUGUGAAUUCCGACGAUGCCACCUGGAUUCUCACUUCGUCCUUCAUCAUCUUCACCAUGCAAACAGGUUUUGGGAUGCUGGAGGCCGGAAGCGUGACAAAGAAGAACGAAGUGAACAUCCUGAUGAAAAACGUGGUGGACUUGGUCUUCAGAGGGAUCACCUAUUGGGCAUUCGGUUUCGGCCUUCAAUACGGCUCGGGUCCUGGGACGAAUCCCCUUUUCGGGGUUGGCAAUUUCCUGUUGAACGAGGAUGGACAGGAUGAAAUGGGAUUCGUUUACGCAAAGUUCAUCUUUCAGAUGUCAUUUGCGACGACGGCGACGACUAUUGUGUCCGGAGCGAUGGCUGAAAGGACCAAGUUCAGUGCAUUCUGCCUCUACUGUUUCCUCAUCGUCAUCACCUACAGCGUCCCUGCAGGUUGGGUUUGGGGCGAUCAUGGAUUCUUGAGGUUCAUGGGGUUCGUGGACUUCACUGGAUCGAGUGUCGUUCACCUUCUCGGUGGAGUCGCCGCUCUCGUCUCAACUCUCUUGCUCAAACCGCGAAUUCAUAGGUGGGGUUGGGUGGGGUUCAAUUGCGGAUCCACGUUCGGGAUCACGGGAGAGAAGUGGCAUUACGCCGGUCGAGCAGCCAUCUCGACAGUGAAUGCCUCCAUCGGUGGAGGAGUCGCAGGACUCAUUUACACGUACAUACGAAAGAAGGGUAUAGUGGACUUGGAGGACGUGAUCAAUGCUAUCUUGGUUUCAGUCGUCGCCGUCACUGCUGGCUGCGCCUUCUACGAGGCGGUGAAUCUACUGAUUCCGAUCCGGAUGAAGCCGUACGAAGAAAUCCUGGGUGCGGACUUCGUGGAGCACAACAUCCGACACGCGGGGAUCGACUACGACGGGAUCAUGAAGGCAUUGGAAUCACGGGGACAUGUCAUCAAAGAGCCUUGGUGUCAUUCCAUCCAUCCCGAACUUCAGCGUCAAGCGGCAAUGAGGGAAUGGUUCAUGAGCCUUAAGACGACAGGGCGGAUCUCCUCCGCGACCGGAGAGGUGAAGCCCUCCGGCGGGAGCAAUAGAGAGGAAUGGAAAAGUGAGAUGGGGAAAUUCUUCAACGUGGAAUGGAGCGCCCUUCGCAGUCCUGUUGCUUCGCCAAGAAAAUAG